AUGUAUUUCAUUAUUAAUGAAAAUAAGAUUUAACCAAAUGGAUUAAUGUCAAACCAAAUAUUUAAUAACAAGUUUUAAUAGAAUAUAUUAACUGAUCCCCAUAGUUCCAGAAAUUUUGAAUCUAAAGAUUUAUCUAAUUUUUUUGCAUCUAGUGAUUCUUAACUUGUCGAAAAAAAUAAUAAAUGGUUCCAUAAAUAUCCAUCUUAUAUAAUUUAGAAAACUGAAAAUGUUGAAAAAAGUGAAUAUCCAACUCUUUAUUAUAAGAAUUAUUCAUAAAUUGGAAAAAAUUAAAAUUAAGUUAGCUUUAAGGAUUAAUAAAUUAAAUAAGAAUUUUAAGCAUUAAUUAAUGCUAAAUAACAUUAAUAGAAGUCUUUUAGUAUGAUUAAUUAAAGAAUGGGGUAGAAAUAAUAAUAAUCUAUAUAAAAUAAAACAGAGGAUUUAUAAAUAUAAUAAAAGGUCAGAAGACCAAGUUCCCCUUAAUUUAAAUUUGUAUAUAAAUAAAAAUAAACCAAAACUUCUGGUUAACAUAUAAAAUUAACUUUUGAAAAAGGAUAAAAGAUAUUUGAUACCUCAUUCUAAAACAAAGAAACAUCAAAAAGUGUUGUUUAACUUAAAAUAAAUGAUCACUUUAUAAAAUUGUAAAAUGAAUAUGAAAGAGAAUUAUAUUCAAAACCGUUUGAGAAUACUAAAUAUUCUGAAAUAUCUAAAUAAUUAAACUGUCAAACUCAAGAAAGUCCAAUUGCAGUCUUAUACAAAAAAAAAAAUAAGUAAAUCAAAAUAAAAUAUAUCUUAAAAUUGUACUGA